GACAGAGACGCACAUAGAGAGAGAGAGAGAGAGAGAGAGAGAGAGAGAGAGAGAGAGAGAGAGAGAGAGAGAGAGAGAGAGAGAGAGAGAGAGAAGGGGACUCAGAUACUCAGACAGAUGUGACCAAGACAGCAGCUCUAGCAAUCAUGGACUUCUGCAAUAUGUGGGUACCAGAAAUCAGGAUGUCAAAGCCAGUAGAGGUUGAGAACACAGGGCUGACUCUCCAAUUGAGAGCACAGAUUCAGAGCAGAAUGGUCCUGAUAAAAACCAUCAGCUUCAGCAGAUGAAAAUCAGCCCCUUUCACCUUUCUCCAACCCUCAGCAGCAACAAGAAUAAGAUGGAAGAGUGUGGUGAGAUGUCCCUGGGCCCUGCUCCCCACCACAGCCACACCCCCUCACAGACGCCCCUCCCACACACACAGCUCAUGCUGACCAGCUCCCAACUGGCAGGGUUGACUGCUCUCUUGCCAGCGCAGCAGCAGUUGUUACUGCAGCAGGCUCAGGCUCAGCUUCUAGCUGCAGCUGUGCAGCAGUCUGUUCAGCAGUCCAACGCAGCUCACGCAGCUCACGCAGCCCACGCAGCCGCCCAAGCCAAUCAGCAAGCUCAGGCAGCCGCAGCAGCCAAUCAACAUGCCCAGCAGCAGCAGGCGGGACAGACAGGGCAGCAGGGCCAAUCACAGCCCCAGGGACAGAGCACACAGGAACAGACAGGUCAACCUGUCCCUGUCCCGCCCACUCAUCCCCAGCUCACCCUCUCUCAGCCAAUUCAGCUCACCGCCCAGGACAUCCAGCAGUUGUUGCAGCUGCAGCAGUUGGUUCUGGUGCCAGGACACCACCUGCAGUCUCCUCAGUUCCUCCUCCAACAGCACCAAGGGCAGCAAGGACUGCUAUCAACACCAAAUCUGAUUCAGCUACCUCAGCAAAACCAAGGGAGCCUCCUGUCCACUCCCAGGCUGGGGCUCCAAGCACAGAGAGACAAGGCUAUGGAGGGCAGUGGGGUCAUGACCUCUGUGUCCUCUGUGACCUCUCCCCCCGAGGAGCCCAGUGACCUUGAGGAACUGGAGGUGUUUGCCCGCACCUUCAAACAGAGACGCAUCAAACUGGGCUUUACACAGGGUGACGUGGGAAUGGCCAUGGGGAAGCUAUAUGGUAAUGAUUUCAGCCAGACCACCAUCUCUCGCUUCGAGGCCCUCAACCUGAGCUUUAAGAACAUGUGCAAACUCAAACCACUACUGGAGAAGUGGCUCAAUGAUGCAGAGACCAUGUCCACAGACAGUACCAUGCCCAGCCCCAGCUCUCUGUCCUCUUCCUCAAUGGGCUUCGAGGGUCUGCCGGGCCGACGCAGGAAGAAAAGAACCAGCAUCGAGACUAACGUCCGCGUGGCCCUGGAGAGAGCCUUCAUCACGAACCAGAAGCCUACCUCAGAGGAGAUCCUGUGUAUCGCGGACCAGCUCAGCAUGGAGAAGGAGGUGAUCCGCGUGUGGUUCUGCAACCGCCGACAGAAAGAGAAGCGUAUCAACCCCAACAGUGCCACCCCUCCCUUGCCCAGCCAGCCCCCCCAAGUCCCACCGACGCACAAACCCCCCUGCUACAGCCCACACAUGAUGUCCAGUCAGCUAUCCAGUCAGCUGUCCCAGGCAGUGACCAGCCUCAGUACCACAUUGACCACCAUGUCAUCGUUCUCCCCUCAUACCCCCAGUGGUCCCACCCACUCAUCUCUCAGCUCUGCCUCCUCUCCAGUGACUCCUCCUCGAAGAACUGCUAGCCCAGCCCCUCCCAGCCACAGCACACUGAGUCUCAACACAGGCUUAUGGCGUUUGGGUAAAAAGAAUGGUGACGUGUCUAACUACAUCACCGAUUUUGCUGCAAACUUGAGGAACACUGUGAUGGGAGUAAACACAGGGAACCAGGCUCUGAACCAAGCUCUCCUCAGCAACAACCCUCUGGCUACUAUACAAGCCCUAGCAGCCAGUGGUGGCCAGCUGCCCCUUUCCAGUCUUGAGGGAGGCAGUAAGGUGUUGCUGGGUGGUGCAGGGGGGCAGGGAGGGGGUCUCCAGUCCUCCUUCUUCCUCAACCACCCCGCUUUCCUCCACAUGGGCCAGAAUUCUGGUUCUGGAUUGAUCAGCGCUGCCGUAGCCAAAGCAUCCCAGCCCUCCCCUUUCCCCUCCACCAGUAGCAUAAGCCCCACCCCCUGCUCCCCCUCCCCUUGCUCUAGCCCCGCCUCUUCCUGCGACUUCAAUGAAUUGGCACACAGCCCAUCCUCGUUGGGAGGGGCUAAGAUUGAGUGACACAGCCAAGCGCCAAUCAGAGAGGAGAAGGAGAAAGGAGGAAACGACAACCUCGCCUUUCAACCAAAGCUAUCUCUUUUAUCACUCUCGCCCUACACUCUCUCUCUCUCCCCCCCAGUCUUUCGAUGCCAAAAAUACACAGAAUGAAAGAGAGGAGAGGGGGGAGUCAGAAGUGAAAAGGGGGAGAAGGGAGAGAAGGGGGGAAAGAGGAAGAUUUAAACCAAAAAUCUUUAUCUAUCCAAAGUGAUGGAGGAGGCAUCGUGGGACUGUUUAGUCAAUACUGAGCGAUAUCGCACCUCUCCUUUCUGUCUCUCUUUCUUCCCCAGGAAAAUAAACCAAUGUCAAAUAACAGGAUUAGAGAUGUGCGUCGAAUCGCGUGAACCAAAAAUGACAAAAUUAAACAUUACUGUGUGUUUUGGGGGAAUGGUGACAGGGACAGAAAAAAUAAGUGGAUGAUUUUCUUUGAAAAGCUGCAGGUCUGAAAGAGGAGGAGAUGGGAGGAGGAUUUUAAACCAAAAAUGUACCUGAAGAGGAGAAGAGGAACACACAAUAACAAAAAUCAACAACCAUACCAAAAUCCCAGAAACCAAAAAUACGGAAGGAAAAGCUUUAUCCAAACGACUUGUACAUAUUGAUCCUAUCCAGGACCAGGACUCUGCUACACACACACACACACACACACACACACACACACACACACGAUGUCCACAGCCAAUCACAUUCAUCCAUCCAAUCAGUCAUCCACCCAUCAUGUCUGUCAUAGUCUGUCACUCACUUUCACAGCAAUUUUGUUGUUUCUGUGGGAUAUUUUAGAUUGUUGUAAAUGGUUGAUACUCAAUGAGCCAAGCUUACAGGUGUUUCGUUUGUGUUUUCCUACCACUGCUUCUUUGGGUAUCCUAUAUCUCCCCCUUGAUUUCCAAUAGUUUACUGAUAGCGUUGGAGUCUGUCAUCAUCAUCCUGUGCCAUUUACUUCAUGUUGUCAGAGAUAAUAAGAGACAAGAGUGAACAAGAGAUCAGGCUGAGUGUAGCAGUUUCCAGCCUUGAUAAAAACCUCUCUCUCUCUCCGUAAUUACUCACAACAAAAUGACUCACUUGAUGAAAUAAUAUUAGACUUAGACUCAAUGUAGUCCUUGUGAAUGGCCAAUCCACCAUGAUGACAGUAUGAAAUUGAGCAUGAUUGGAGAUUUAAACUAGUAACAUUGAGGCAAGAAAGAGGUAAAUUAAUAAAAAUGUUAGUUUAGUCAUGGACAGGUCUGUCUUACGUUGUCAAUCAGCCAUCUGUCUCGACAUGCAGUAGAGAAACAGAGAUCAAAACCUGUUUAAUGUUUAAUAUACAUUGUUUUUAUUGUUCAUCAUCCCUCCAUCCAUCCCAUUUUCACUGUCAUUUUCCACCCAAAUCUGCCAUUAUUACACGUUUAAACCAAAGCAUUUGUUACUCUUCAGAGGAGUCAGCCAUGACAUUAACACUCACAUACUGUAGGGGUUGGGGACACACCCUACCCCUCCCGCUGAACCCCCCUAGUUGACCCCUUCCAUCUCCUUAUGCCCGAGAGGGUCACUUCAAAAGGACAGAACCCUCACCCAACAUAAAAGGGGUGCAUACGGGGAGGGGAUCGGAUGGUGCGAUGGGAUCAAACAUACAGAAAGAGGGGAUGUUUUUGUAAGAGGAUACCAAAAAUACAAACCAAAAAUGUCAGAAACAAACCAAAAAGAAACACAACCAAAUAUGGAUGGGGGGGAUGAGGGGAGGAGGACAAAUGUAGUUUUUUACAGACUGGAGCUGACACCUCUGUCUGUUAUCCAACUAACUGGGCUUCAGUGGCCCUCUCUAAACUGUGUAGCACAGAUGGACAGAUGGACAGUUGUAUAGAUAGACAUCCUCCCUCUCCCCUGUCGUUUUCUCUCCAAACUCAGCUCUUCUUCUCUGGUCCUGGAUGGAGAAAUCUCUAAUGACCUCAUUGAACUGAAUCUUCAAAGUUUUUAUUUUUCCUGAUUGUUGGUUUAUUUUGUAUUUGAUUUGUUUGCUGUGUCUCUUGAUGCUGUUUAUGUGCUGUUCUUUACUCAUUUAGGAUAAUAACGUAUUCGCUUACUACAACAGCUCCUUCUUUUUUCCUAGUUGUUCUAGAGAUUUUAUCAGGUGGUUGGAAAAAUACUGUGAAAAUGUAGCUUCCAGAUUUUUAUUAGAUAAAAAAAAAAAAACCUGACUGUCUUGGCAGAAAAAAGACACAUAAAAAGUCCAAAACAAGAGUUGAAAAGCAAAACGUGCAAACCAAAUACCAAACCAAACACCAAACCAAACCAAAAAGGCAGGAUAAAACUAGAGAUGGUCCAACUGCCGUCCCUGCCGUUGCAUUAGGGCUCACACUUAUGAUUGUGUCAAUUUAUCUGAAGUGUGUGCGUUGUGUGAGGGUGUGAUAUUGUGUGUGUGUGUGUGUGUGUUGUGUGUGUGUGUGUGUUGUGUGUACGCGCAUUAUAGAAAGAAUUCAGUGGAGUUUACAAAGACGUCCUCCCUUGCACGUUUACCGCCAUUAUCACACACACACACACACACUUUGCAAAAAUGUACAGUCGAGUUUAAAAUGCAUCCAUAGAGUAUUUGGUUUGACACACAGAAAUACAGUUGUCAAAUGAGAAUCAUUAAUGAACUAAUCUAUUUUAGAUGUGGGGGUUCUAACCACGAGGUGAAACCUUUCCUCAACAUGAACUCUUAGACGGAAUGUAUCUGUUAGUGCUUCUAUAGAUUUUGUAGAAAAAAAGAUCUGUGUCCUAAUGCUUACUUAUUGCUAAUGUAUUGAAAAACAUACAAAAAAUAUCUUAAAAAACAUUGAUGAUAAUGACUUGAUUUUAGACCAAAAAUGUUACUCUCUCUUGAUAAAUAUAUGGUUUCUUUUUCUUUGUCGAAUCAUUUAGGACUUUUGAUUGAUUGUACUAUUUAUUCAUCUUAAAUUUGAUUGAUUGAAGCGUAUAUUGAUUUCUUCUAACUAUUUAUUUGUUAUUUAUUUAUUCUAGAGUCUUUUCACAGGGGAUAUAUUUUGGGGUAUAUAUUUAGAAUAUAUAUUAUGUGGCUGUGACCAAAAAUCCUGCUGAAGUACCUUCUCACCUCUUCAAACCAGAUACAUGCAACCACAGGUCUCACGGGGCCUAGGAGAACAUGGUCAUGUUUGACCACAGACUCACUGCGACUACUCUUAAGGGGUGGGGAUGAGCUCACCGAGACUCUUUUCAAAUGGAUGGGGUGAGCUUACAGGGACCAGCACUGUGUCUACAUAGAGCACUUCAGUACGACCACCUAACAGCGUUUUCUCAGGCAUUGCAGGGAAAGGUCAUGGGAAUAGGAACGUCAGCUUCAUAUUGAUGUAAAUUUGAGCAAUUUAAUGUUUUCAGGUGUUGAAUGCUGUCUUUCCUAAAUAUGGGGUUAAUUGUCCUAACGAUAAUGAUAUUACUAGUGAUGUCCUUAUUGUAUGAUUGAUGAGUAAUGACUGGUGAGAUGAGAGGGACAGAGCAUCUGAGUGUUUCUGGCUUUAUGUGCGGUCUUGUGAUGUUGUGUUUAGUUGAAGUGGGGAUAGGGAGCCUCAGUAGGGUUCUCUACAGCCUUACUACAGUCCAGGAUUGUUACUGGAGACCCACACCCAGGUGGGAUCAAACCAGUCAUGAGUGAAACUUUUAAAACAUUGUAUUAAUACAUCUCAAAGCUUUAGAACUGGAGUUUGUUCCCAUUACGAUGUAUACCAUAUACUUUGGACGGAUCAGGUUAGAGGGAUUUAUAUCCCGGAUGUACGGUUAGUCAGCGCUGCCUAUAAGAUAGUAUAAUGUAUGUUUGAAUAUAGCCCAACGGUUCUGGAAGAGAGCUCCGCUGACAGGGAUGGUCAGGCAGGCAGAUUGCUCUUAAAGAUACAGUGCUGUUCCCUCACAACCUCUCCUCUCCUCAUGAGAAAUACACUGAAAGCUUUAAACAGCUACCAAACCAAAAAACUAGUUAGAAGAUGCAUUGACUGGGGCAAAGGAACGUGACAGAGGGACUUGUUUUCUUUUCUUUCUGUUUGGACUUUUCUUAAUGUUGGUAGGUUUUGUUUCCCACAUCUACUGUAGGAUGUUAAAGAUAGAUAUACCUCAUAUACUCUGAUGAUAAACCAAAUAGAUGAAAGGUUUUUUUUUAAAGCGGGGUUCGUGUGGGGAUCCGGGUGUGGGAUGGUAUUGUGUGUACGUGUGAGUGUGACCACGAAUGGCCAGAGCGAGGCUUGGGUCCGGCAGUCAGAGUUCACAUUUCUUGUGCCCCAUCCAAAUCAGGAGACAUUUUGGGUAGCAAGUUGUAUGCCAGCCCUCUCGCUGUGGUUUCCAGUCCACUCCCCCACACACCUCCCUCUCAGUCUGGUCUGUAGAACAACCCCCCUGCUCUGUACAGCCCUCUCUCCAUCCCCCUCUCCCCUACUGCUCCCUCCCUGCUGAAACGAAACACUCUCCAAGUAUAAGUUUUCCAUAGGCACAGAUCUAGGAUCAGCUUACCUUCCUCCAAAUCCUAAUCUUAACCAUUGAGGGCACAUAACACUGGCCUUAGGUCAGUGUCUAUGGAGCAGCUUUGUCCUACUCCUUAACACAAAGCUUUUUUACAGGGGCUAGCCUCUGGGUACCCAGCGUCUUUAGGUGAUUGGCUGGAUGUUGUGUUGUUUAGAUUAUUGACUGGAUGUUGUGUCCGUCAGAGAUGUGUGUGGCAGCGAGCGCAGGAGGGUUAGGUGACUGGGGAAGGGCUGAGACUGUGGUUGCUAGGUGACGCAUGCAUACACUCCCCCAAGGUGGAAGUCCCUAUUUCUCCCUUGCUCUUUCCUUCUGUAAUGAGGUGUAGAUCAGUUUAGGUCCUCUACAUCCUGGUAGGAUGCUCAGGGUCUUAGGGAUCACAUGUAAAGUGUAAGUCCUUUCAGUAGGGAUACCCCCACAAGAGAAUGAUACCAAAGUUUAUGCCCUACUGUUGGAUACGGCACUAUGCACUCACUCCCUAAAACCCUGCUGUUUACCCGUGUCUGCACUGUUGGAGCUAGGAACAUAAGCAUUUCGCUACACCCGCGAUAACAUCUGCAAAAAAUGUGUACGCGACCAAUAAAAUGUGAUUUGUCCAUUCAGAGACUACACUUCUCCUAUAGACUGAGUAGUCACCUGGCCAUAGGUGCAGAUCUAGGAUUUGUUAACCUUUCCCUAAUCAUAGCUAUUAGUGUAGGGAGAACACAAAACUGACCUUAGAUCAGCAUCUAGAGGCAACAAAUCCUACUCCCUUUAAUAUAGCCUGGAUCAACAUUAUCACAGCAGAGUUUAGUCUGGAAGAACAUCUCCAGACAUCUUUGGCAUGAACCAUUUUGUACAUUUGUACAGUCUGAACAUCACAACAUUGAUUCAGUUCAUGGAUUAAUUCCUUGUAGUCUCAGCGAAACACCUUAGCAACCGUGUCAAAUGAGAAACAAAGGAAACUGUGAAAUGUAGGAAUCGAUAUUGCAACCUGGACUCAAGGAUAGACGUAACAUAGUAAAUGUAAAUCUGAGACAGUGUAAUUAGUACAUGUUACGUUUGGUAUGAGACCAGGGCUGGAAUUGAUUUAAAUUGGAGCAGAACAGGCAAUGAUUAACAGUUUACUGAUAGAUGACAGAACAUUGUGUAGAUGUCAAGGCAGGAGAAAGCAAAGGGGGACAAAAAGACAACAUCAGGAGCAAAGAAACAAAAAAAGGAGGAUGACUGAUAUUCCUCAUACCUACUCACUUCCACACACCCUCUCUUUCAUCCUUUCUUCUGUCUUCAUUCUCUCUCUUGUACAAUACAGCUUCAGUCCAAAGUUCCUUAAGCAAGACAGCAAAGUCCGAUCGUACAGAAUAAAACCAAAGAGUUCGACAUUCCUCCUCUCUUUCACAGACAGCCACUGCAUCCCUCUUUCUUUCUCUCCUUUCUGUCUAUUCAUCUCUUUUCUGCUCCAACCCUGUCACCUAGUAACCCAGUUUCUGACCUCAGCUAUAUCAAUGAUGAUAAUAAUGAUGAUUAAGAUCAUGAUAAAAAUGUAUAUUUUUAAGUAUUUGUCAUUGGAAAAUUACCUUAAGCUUCUCGUAAAUAUGAUGAUGAUGAUGAUGAUGAUGAUGAUGAUGAUGAUGAUGAUGAUAAUGACGUUUCUCUGUAGUUGUUCUGAACUUUUUUGAGAUUCGUCCUUUUUGCUCGUGCUGCCAGAGUAAUUCUGAUGAUCCCAUGAUCCUCUCGGGGUUUGUUGACCCUGUCCUUUUAGUUCUGUCUGUCUGUCCCUUACCACUGUCUGUAUUCCUGUCUGUCUGUCCCUUACCACUGUCUGUAUUCCUGUCUGUCUGUUCCUUACCACUGUCUGUCUGUCCCUUACCACUGUCUGUAUUCCUGUCUGUCUGUCCCUUACCACUGUCUGUAUUCCUGUCUGUCUGUCCCUUACCACUGUCUGUAUUCCUGUCUGUCUGUCCCUUACCACUGUCUGUAUUCCUGUCUGUCUGUCCCUUACCACUGUCUGUAUUCCUGUCUGUCUGUCCCUUACCACUGUCUGUAUUCCUGUCUGUCUGUCUGUUUGUAUUCCGUGUUGUCCUCUGUGUUCAUUGGGCAGAGGGAAAAGCUACAUGUUUCAACCGAAAAUGUGAUGUUUGUGGGAGAAUUCUGUACGAGUCGUUAAGGAGAGUUUUUCCAGGGAAUUCCAGACUUCUUUGGUGGUUUGUGGGGAGGGGUUAAUAAACGGAGGGAGGAGGGAAAACUGUCAUAACUGCUAUAACUGUUCUGUAGAAAUAAGUCCCCAAGGUCUAGGUGUGUGUGUGCGCUCGCCUCAAAAUGUAUUUCAUCUGUUAGAUAAGCAACAGGUUUGUAAACAUUGGCUUGAUUGGGGAUUUACUGUUAGUCAACAUGUAGUUAAUUUCCCUCUGUCUGAACUUCAACCUUUGUUGUUUGUUUCCCUAUCCAUUUUAGUGUGUGUGUGUGUCCUUACCCUAUCUCCCAUCAUUUGUUCUACCAUCAUGUGUCUUACAUCAUGUGAGCAGUCCUCCUCUUUCUCUCCCUUCUCCCUGUCUCUCCCUCCCUUCUUCCUUGUGGUAGCAACUUAGCCUUUUACUGUGUUUAUCUUUAAAACAAAAACAAAAAACAAGAAAAAUAUCUCUGCUUGUUCAUAGUACAGUGUUGUUCAUUUAAAGUCAUUUUUGUAACUGAAAGUGUUUCAUUCAUCCAAAUAAAAACAGGAGACAAAAACUGUA